UGAGCAUGAGCGGUAUCCUAAAUAACAUCGUCUUGCCGCUCCAUUCGAAUUUCAACCUAAUGUCUUCUCUUGUGGAGGAUCGUCGCAGGUCUAGAAAAUCCGCUCCAGUCAAGAAUGCCGUUUUUUUAGGGGCUAUCAAUAAAGGGCGUUCGCGUAUCAGUCCGUUAGUGACUCAAAGUCCUGUCGAUAAAUUAAGUCAUAAUGUCCGGGAAAAUGGUCAAAAGUUGGAAAUUUCGUCUCAAACAGUAAGAAAUAGCAGGUCAUCUACUCAGAAAGUCAGCCCAUCGACCCCUUUCCGCAUGUCUACGCCUGUUAGGAACUGUGAGACAACUCCUAGAUACAGAACCCGGCACCGAUCUAAAGAGGAAUGCAAUGACCACAACAGAUCACGAAGCAUUUUGUCCUCGAUUGGAAGUCGCAGAAAAUUCCAUCCAAACUACGACCCACUUAUUGAAAUCAGGCGCGCUCAGGAACGCCUCGACCGCUAUCGCACUCAAGGAGACUGGAAAGUCGAUAUGCUGUUGUCCGACGAUGCAGACGAAGAUCUGAGUCGAUAUGAAGAAAAACUGAAACGAAGAUUAACAGAAAAAGGGGAAACACAGCAACCUAUUGAACUUGAAAGGAGGCAAAUGGAAUUGUUGAGGAGGCAGAAGGACAUUGAUAUGGGAAAAGUGACAGAACGCUACGCUGAAUAUGUGUUGAGUAUCCCAAAACCUGAGCGCCAGAAGUAUCAUCCUCGUACUCCCAACAAGUUCCGUAAAGUUUCUCGCCGUGCAUGGGAUGGGAUGAUUCGGAAGUGGCGCAAACAUUUACAUAAUUUCGAUAAUCUUAAUUUUGAAGAUACUUGGCGUUCCUUAUCAACUGAUCUCUCGAGUAAUUUUUCUGGUUCAUCAUGGGUUUUGGAAAGUGGUGCAUCUAGUGACACUGAAAAUAUAAACCCAGAGGAAUAUCAUAUUGCUUUAGUAAACCAUAGCCAACCUCUGUCUCGUACAUUUCUAAGUCCAAAGGAUCUUACAGCGUCACCAACUAUUAACGUUUCAUACAGCCGUCAUCAGUAUCGUAAGUACGAUGAAGAUGAAGAUACAUUACAAUCGAAUCCAAGACACUGUAAAGAAGAGGAACGUUUUCCAACUAUUGCACCUAAAGAGGAAGAGGAGGACACUUUGACUGGUUCGUCUAGCAUUCAUGAAAACCGAAGAAUAACGCGAAAUUCUAAGUGGGUUUACACUGUUUUUUUCUAAUUUGCCGAUUUGAUUGCAUAUUAUAUCGCAAGUUUGACUGAUAAUGAACCCAUAAAUUGUUACACAUAGAUAAAUUCAUUUUGUAAAUGGUAAAUCACUUAUGUAGGCUCAUUUCUCUGUGUACUUGAUUGAUUAUUUAUUUCUAUCAUCAUAUGUGACCAUACAAAAUAGCAUUUUUACUUAUUUUUCUGAUAUUUUGAUUACUGAAAUGUCAAACUGCCAAACAUUGUGUGAAAAGCUUCCGUAUAUUUAACCAAACCGUUGAUACAAUUGGACAGUCCAAGUUUCAAACAGAGACCUUUGUUUGUAAUUAGAAGUAACACUAAAUAGUCUCAUUCAAGUUGAAACACAAUCAUUAGAAAUCAGAAAACUUGCAACAUUAGUCAACAGAAGUGUAUAUGUUAUGAAAUUUUUUCGAAAAUAGACACAAAUAAGGAAUAGAAUGUUUAAAAACUGUAACAAUGAGAAUAUUAGUCAUAAAAAAGUACAAUUACAAUCACUUUUAUGUAACAUUUAUCUAUCCAAACUACUAAUGUUUUAAAUUUCGUUGCCAGUAUAUCAGAUUUUGAUUAUUCAUGUUAUCUCCUAUAGAAUGCUUUCUGGGCCUUCUGCCG